AUGGAGGUGUAUCUUAAUAUGCAUAUCCACGCGCAGGUGACCUGUAGCGGUACUGUGUGUUAUUUGCAAACUUAUCAAGAGCCGAGAGAAGUCGACAUUGCGGAGCGAAUAAAAGGCCUUCGGUGUUACAGCAAACAACAUGGAAGACCUGAAGAGGAUAGGAGGAAACGUGAGGAGAGUGACUCAGACUCGGAUUCAGAUACAGAAUGCAAGGGUUUUGAUAGGUCGGAAUUCUGGAGACGCAAAAUGCGCACAGUGCACAAUAUUCUGGAUGUAGACAAGGAUGGAUUGAUCUCAUUUAACGAUUUUAUUCUUUUUUCUGAGCGCUUUAAGUCGCUUGGGCAUUUGGAUCAAGAGCAGGCUAAGGAAUUCACUUCUAUAAUCAAAAUGACAUGGGAGGAGCAGUGGGGUGCUAUAGACCCAUACAAUUAUGUGACGGUGGAACAGUACUUGGAAGACAUGCAUCACGUUCUCAAUGAUAAGACAUUGAAGAAGCGCGCGCAUCGGUGGUUACCUUAUCUUUUUAAGGCAGUGGAUAAAGACAACUCUGGAUUCAUAUCAGUCAACGAGUUCAAAUUGUUCUUCAAAUGCCUUGGACUAAGCAAUGAACACGCGGCCAUCGCUUUUGCAGUUAUUGAUACAAAUGGGGUGAGUAAAAAAUACAACAUUUAA